AGACUCUGCCCACAGGAAGUGCAUGUGCUAAAAGCGUGCCCGAAAUUUCUAGCCAUGAAAGUAGACGAUCGCGUCAAAGUGGCUAGAAAAUACAAUUUAUGUAUGAAUUGUUUAGCUCAUUCGCACUUGGCAAGAGAUUGUAAGAGCACCUUUAGCUGUUUAAAUUGCCAUCAACGGCAUCAUUCCCUGCUGCACCGGAAUCCAACUGGGAAUAACCCAUCGACUUCAACUAAUCGGCAGGCAUCAGGAAAUACGGAAGCCAGGCCUGCUCAACCCCCAACCACAUCUAGGAACGUGAACGCACUUUUUUCAAGAAACGCGAAAAAUGUGAUACUAGGUACUGCUAUGGUACAUAUCUGUUACUCAGGAGUGAAAUAUGAGGCAAGGGCUGUUCUUGAUUCGGGAACAGAAGGCACAUUCAUAACGAAGCGAUUGCAACGACGUAUCAAACUGCCAACACAGCCUGCUGACAUGCAGAUAAGCGGUAUUAAUGCGUCGACAUCGUCUAAGGUGCGAGAAGUCGCACAGUUUGUUAUAGGGUCUCCUGUCAACCCCCAGAUUAGAAUUGAGGCAAGAGGCCUGAUUCUCCCCCAAUUGACAGGAAACCUCCCCCAGUUUACAGUGGACCAAAUAGAUUUUGGUCUACUGCCCCCAAUUAAUUUAGCCGAUGUCAACUUUAAUAAAAGUCAGCAGGUAAACGUGGUAAUUGGUGCGGAUUUGUACCCGCAAAUAAUGAUAGGAAACAUUAAGAAGAACGUUUUAGGUUCCCUUCUGGCACAGGAGACAGUCUUUGGUUGGAUCUUAACAGGUCCAAUACCUCAAACCCCCAAUAUGAUUAAAAAUCAUACGUCUCGAUGUACACCGAAAUCUCGAGCACGGAGCUCACUCGGUUUUGGGAGCUAG